UCUAGAGCAAAGAAACUCUGAUGGUAAUGAAUGUGAAAAAACCUUUGGCUAGAGAAGCUCCCUUAUUUUGCAUCAGAGAAUUCAUACUGGAAUGAAACCAUUUGUGUGUAAUGAAUGUGGGGAAUUCUUUACCUGGUAUACCUAGUUUACUGAGCAUAAGAGAAUACAUAGUGGAGAGAAUUCACUUUGGAAAGAAACCCUUGGAAUGGAAUGAAUAUAGGAAGUACUUUCACAGGGACAAACAUCUUACUAAACAUAAGAGAAGUCAUACUGGAGAGAAACCUUUUGAAUGUAACCAAUGUGGGAAAUCCUUCAUCCAAAGUUCUAACCUUAUUCAGCUGAGUAUACAUCUUUUUGAGCACAAGAGUGAACAGAGGAAAUGCCCCCAGCCAUGAAGAUGACAUCUGAAGGCCCAGAAAGACUUCCUACUCACGUAGCCGGCCUGCCACCAUGAAGCCCUCCAAGCUUGAACCUGGCUUGACCUCUGACUCAUCUACAAGCAGUAAAAAAGGGGCUAAGAGGGAGCGUACCAUGUUCAAUGAAGUUCAGCUGGACAUCCUUCUGGGUGAAUUUCAUAAGAACCCAUAUCCUAACUACUCCGUCAGAAGUGAGCUCGCCAACCGCCUCGAUGUUCCCGAGUCUAGAAUACAGAAUUGGUUUCAAAACCGAAGAGCUAAACAAUCAAGACAGCUGAAAGAAAAGGAAAGUUUGAAUUUAUCUGGACAGCCCCAGGACCAGGGCGAACAGAGCUCCUUGGUUCAUGGCUCCAAAAAUCCUCAGACUUCAACUCCUAGCCAAGUUCCACAGGAAAGUCUCCCAGAGACCCAGUUAGCUUGGCCAAAUAGAUCCAGGUUUCCCUCAUCUAAGAUGACCAAGGUGACCCUUGGGGAAGGUUCUGGCUUUCCAGAGACAGUGGCUACAGCCUCAGCACUGACCAAGGAGGCUUCCACGAGCCCAGGAGCCUGGCUGCAGCCUCCUGGCCUGACUGUGGAGUCUCAUGCCUGUUUAAAGUCCCCGACCUGGGCAAGCUCCUCCCAGAGCACACCCUCCCGGCUCCAGACCCUGAAGAGAGGACAGCAGCCGGAGAGACGGCUUUGGCUCGAGUACCUUCGCCAGCUUCACGAGCAGUCACAGCAGUAUCCCUGGAUGCAGGAGUAUCUGGAAUACCUGCAGCAGCACCCAGUUCCCGUAGCCCCUGCCCUAGCCCCUAGCCCACCAGCAGCCCCCCUGGCAGAUACCCUUCCCAGUGCCUCAGCAUCCUUGGCCACAGAAGCCACAGGGCCAGAGACCACUCCUGCCAAAUGAGUCCUCCCUCACCCAAAGGUGCAGGAGCAUCUGUAGUUACUUAGCAUUGCAACUGUUAUGGAACUCUUUCUUGUCCCAUUCCCCCCAGUAACCUCUGCUCUGUGACCGUGAUCUGGUUGGCUUCUGGGACCAGGCAGCUGUCUGACCUAAAUUGUCUCUUUGAUGUACUUUGAGUUAAACAGUAGAUUCCCCUUUUGUUGUAGAAGGACAGCUCUUUGCUUUGAGGUUGGUGAUGGAACUUGGGAGUGUCUUAGUCUGAGUUGAGUGGGUAGGUGCCAUGUUUUUUUCCUAGUUCUGCUCAUUCAGUUGAUAUUUCCUAAUUAUACCACUGUUUAGAGCAGCAGCAACAAGCCCAAAGAGUAGUCUCUUAAUUAACAGGAUCCAUGGGCCCUGCUAAUUAACAGUGGACCAAGAGACCUGGGCGGUCUGGACCGACCUGUUCAGUAUCAGUCCAAAAUAAAGGGAAAGCUUCAUGGUGCCGUACCUGCCUUACUAGACAGUACCUGGGCCAUCAGUGGUCUUUCAGGGUAGUCAUUUAGACAGUAUCCUGACUGAGCAUCUCAGAAAUGGAGACCUUGUGUUUCUUUCCACCCUAAAACAAGAUUUUUUCCUUAGCUGACAUUAAAAAGCCCCACUCUUUUGGAUGCCAAUAUUUGUUACCUAGAUGUUACUCAGUGACCAUCUCAGAAGGGCAUGGUUUUGAAUAAAUGUAUAUUAAGUGGGCAAAUACAGACUAUUGUUCCUCUCUCUCCCUGUGGGGGAGGAGAGGACGGGGUAGGAGGAGGCCCCUCUUGAUAACUGCAGUUUUGCCUUAAACCUCUCAAAAGGAACAGAAGAUGGCAAUAAUAACGGUAGUAUUUUUACAAUUAACAGUCCGUUUUCCUUACCCUGACCCUGAAGGGAGAGGCUUCUUAGUAAUCGGAGCCCAGUGAUUGGCUCCAGCAAGACUCAAAUGCGGAUUCUCUCACUGUCAGCCCCAUUUUCUUCCUGUUAGGGCAUGCUGCGCGCUCUCUGUGCAGGACUUUGGGGUCCCCCCCUACUCUCUCCCUCUGCCUUUUCCAGGGUCCCCUUGUGUUCUUGGCUUCCCUUUUAAGUAUUAGCUGCUUCUAGUGGAGAGUCCAGGUUUUGGAACCUUGGGCCAAACUGGAGACCCUGAAGGAGUUUGCCACGGUGACGCUGAUCCGCCUUUGCUGUCCCCAUCCUUUCUUUUUUUCCCCCUUCGUUCUUCCAGGGAAGCAGUGUGGCCUGGCCAAGUGAAGUCCCAGCCUGAGGACUCCCGGUGACCUUGUGACUUCCUGGAACCAGUUUGGUUGGACUGACUUAGCAGCCUCUAAGGGCCUUUCCUGCUUCAUGCGAUCAUCUUUUUCUUUCCUCUGAGCAUUUCUUUGUUUUCCAUCCAUCACUUCAAGGCUCAUCUCAGGGGACACUUUGUAUGGGAAGCCUUUGCUCAUCCCCCUCUCUCCUUAGUUACUUACCUAGCUAAAUAUUGAAUUCCCAAUGGAAUGGAAGUUUCAAGGUGGGGUGGGGGGAAGGGAGUUUUUUUUUCUCCUAUUUUUGUAUCCUUACCAGAGUGUCACACACAUAGUGGGCACUUGAUUAUACUUAGAGAAUUGGAUACUCAAGUGAGGAUUUAUUUUAAUCAGUACCCUGCAGCAGCACUUGCUUGAUAAUUAUUGGUGGAAUACAUGUUGCAUCUGAAGAGAGGACCUUAAAACAGGCAGUGUUGAAGCCAAAGAAAUGAACCUCCAGUGGUGGCCUUGUAGGCACUCUGGCAGUCCAGUGGGCAUGCUGUUUAGCGAGGAGGAAGAGUGGCUUCAGGUGAGCAACCACCAGGAGAGAUCGACCCAGUUCAGAGCAUAUGUAGAAGGGGGAAGAAGAAGCGAAGCAUCGUCAGGAUGUUAGUGACUCAACACUAUCUGGAACCCUGCUUUAGGCUUGAGGAGUCAGGUAGACCUUCCAAGUGCUGAAGACUCAGAGAGGACAGGGUUACUGUGGUCCCUUUCCUGUCCAGAGCCUGUGCUUCCUGGCUGUUCCCAAUGAUAGAGAAUGCCACUAAGUCAAUGCUGAUGAUGGGUGUUCGCUUGACUUUCUGUUGUUUAAAGCUCACCAUUCUGAGAUUGUCUGCCUCGAGCUGCUUUUAAUGAAUUAAUAACCUCAUUCUGUGAAGUGGAUCCCUGGGCAGUGGGGGAAGGUCACUGCUAUUCUUGGAUCUGAACCAGACAGCAGCUUGUUUCCCUUUCCCAAUGAUUUCAGUUGUGUGAUAUGUCAACCCUGUUGUCAGGGACUAAGUCAUAUUUUUA